AUGACUCGAAAGAAGAUACAGAUAAAGAAAAUCGACAACAUCAGUUCAAGGCAAGUGACUUUCUCUAAGAGGAGGAAAGGGCUUUUCAAGAAAGCUCAGGAGCUUUCAACUCUCUGUGAUGCAGAUGUAGCUCUUCUGGUUUUUUCUGCAACUAAUAAGCUCUUUGAGUAUGCUAGUUCAAGUAUUCAACAAGUAAUUGAAAGGCGCAAUGGAUGUUCAGAAAAUCAUAUAUCAAUGGACCAUCCAUCUACUGAUCAGUUUCAGGUUGAGAGUGAGUCUAGCCAAACAUUGCGCAAGAAAUUAGAAGAUAAAUCUCGUGAACUGAGGCAAAUGAAUGGAGAAGAUUUGCAAGAAUUGACAGUACAAGAACUCCAGAAACUAGAGGCUCAACUUAGAAGAACUUUGUCGAGUGUCUCAAAAAGGAAGGAUGAAAUGUUUAUGCAAGGCAUCAACGCCCUUAAGAGAAAGGAAGUGGAACUGAUCCAAGAAAAUCAAAGAUUGAAGCAUGUGGUACCAGACCUGAUAAUUGGACAAAGGCAACAAUCAUUGGAAUCAGUUAUUAGCGGUUCAUCUUAUUUUCUUGAAGACGAUGGCAGUGACACAUCUCUCAAGUUAGGGUUAACAUUACAUAAUUGA